UCAGUGAAAUAGAUCUAAUAAAAUUUGAGAAGUAUACAAAAAGCUAGUGAAAGUGAAAUAGGGUGAAAUAAAAUUAAAUCAGUGCGAAAAAAGCUGGAAACAAUGGCCACUUAUCAAAUGAACUUCAACCAGGACUUUACCUCACUGUCCGUGUUGAGUUCCACGGGCCUCCGCUUGUACUCGAUAUCUGGCCAGGACAAGGUAGAGGAGAUAUUCGCCAAGGACAACACAGAGCAGAUACGGAUUACGGAGAGGCUCUUCAAUAGCUCCCUGGUGGUCCUGGUCACCGCCCAGAAGCCGAACUGCCUCAAGAUGUUGCACUUCAAGAAGAAACAGGACAUCUGCAACUGCUUCUACCCGUCGGAUAUUCUAUGCGUUCGGAUGAACCGGCAGCGCCUGAUUGUCUGCCUGGCGGAGAGCAUACACAUCCACGACAUUCGCGACAUGAAGAUCCUGCAUUCCAUUGACAACAUCGCCCCCAACGAGCAGGGCCUGUGCGCCCUCUCGCUCAACUCCCUGUUGGCCUUCCCCAUCUGCCAGACCAGCGGGGAGCUGCGCAUCUUCAAUGCCAGCAAGCUCCGCACUGGCAUCACGAUCAAGGCUCAUGAUACGCCCCUCUCGGCACUGACAUUCUCGACCAGUGGCACUCUGCUGGCCACCGCCUCCGAGCGUGGCACUGUCAUCCGGGUCUUCUGCGUCAAAAAUGGACAGCGGGUCCAGGAGUUUCGGCGAGGAGUGAGCUGCGUCCGCAUUGCCUCGCUGGUCUUCGCCACCAGCGGCGACUUCCUCUGCGCCUCCUCCAACACGGAAACCGUCCACAUCUUUAAGAUCGACGCCCAGGCUGUGGAGACUGUGGAGAUGAAGGCUAUCGCCGAAGUAGCUGCCAAAUCCGAUGAGGCGAGCAGGGAGUCGGCGCCAGCUCCCUCCGCGGAGGAAGCCAACAGCACGGCCGCCCCGGCUGCUAGCUGGGGAGGUAUGUUCUCCAAGGCGGUGUCCUCGCUGCUGCUGCCUUCCCAGGUGACUGAUGUGCUGGCCCAGGACCGAUCCUUCGCCACUGUUCAGCUGGCCCAGGCGGGUCUGAAGCACAUUUGCGCCUUGACUCGCGUGCAGAAGGAACUGCGCCUCCUGAUCGCUUGCGAAGAUGGUUUCCUCUACGUCCACGACUUCAAUGCGGAGCGUGGAGGAUCCUGUAAGCUUCUGGCUGUCCACGAUCUUCGCGGUGCCCUAGAGGACGUGAUCGAGCUGCAGUUGAGCGAGAGUGUGUUGAGGUCGCAAAUAAAGCAGACGUCUUCCACGAUCCCUGCCCAGCCGUCGUCCCUCAACAUGCUGAAAAGCUGUGCAGCGAGUGUCCUGAUUGAGAAUCCUGAUCCGAUGCCAGACAACAGCUAUGCGAGUAUUCUGAGGGGAGAACAGGCGGAUGCCAUGUCUGAUUCCGCAAAAUUUCGCAAGCUGUGCGAUGCCAUCGACACUCCAACAAAGCUGUACGAUGAGCGUCAGUUCCCUCCUGUAGCCAUCGCAGCCAAGGAUUGACCAAGCCGGAGGAAUCAGGACACGUUUGUUGAAGGCAAACCCAAGAUGAAUAGCAAAGUUAGCAAAAUCCCCAAAAACAAGAAAUAAGUUGCGAAAACCAAUCCUCCAAAGAGGAGUGACUUAAUGUCUGACAAAAAAAAAACAAAUACUCCUAAAAACGAAAGAAAAAAAAAGUAUUUUAAUUUAUAUGUACCUAAUUUAAAUGUAAGAAUUUUGCAAUAUUUUUAAACUGUAUAUAUGUACGUACCCUGACAAUGAUGAAUUUCUUUCCGAUUAUUUCUCUUGUACCAUACUGAUUAGACUUCUCUCUUAUGCUCCAAUUGAAACUGUGUUUUUUUGUUUUUUAAAACUAGGCAUAGAACUCUAUUUAUCGCGAAGACUAGAAAAAUUGUGCAAAAGAAGCUCAAUAAGAAUCCAAAAGCAAAUACAAUUGAAAGAUAGUUUAAGCAACCAAUGAUGUACCUUCAAACUAAACGAAUAAGUAAACCCAUCUUUGGCCCCAGCCGAGGAUCUUAUAUCCUUGCAGUCGAGAAUAUGUAGCCUUUCUUCAAUUACUAACAACUUUUUCGAUCUCUAUAUGAAUUUAAUCGCUUUCUCGUGGAUUUCUUCUAAAGGACAUUCACUUUAUCCGCUUAUAAUGAUCUGCUUCAGUGUGACUGACAAAGCUCCAUCUUAAUCUUAAUACAAUUUUCUAAAAAUAUAGAUGCCUGCAAGGAUAUACAUAUAUAGACACUCAGAAGUAUAGAAUAGACCUCUUAAUAGACAGUUUCGACCUCUAACUCACAAUUAUUUUAAAUAUUAGUUAAAAAACAACCGAAAAAUAAUGAAUUACUUAAAAACUAAGUAUUACAAAAAAAAUAUAAAAUAUCAAAGCUAGAAUAUAAUCUUUAUUUAACUAUUUCAGAUUUAUUGUCGAAAUUUGUAAUCCCAAACCAAACGAAAGUAAUAAAAAGUUCAUGUAUAUAAUAUGUGUAAAUAGGUACAAUCUAUAUUGUACUUAUUUAAUCAAAAUAAA